GUGUGAAAGAUGGUGAUUGCCCUCUUUGUUGUCUGGUGUUCUUUAUGUUCCCUACAGGAGCUGCCGAUACAAAGGCCUGACCCAGAAGAAAUUCUGCGUCACCUGUACCAUCAAGAUCAAGAUCAAGAUCCCACCGGCGCUGCCGCCACAACCACCCGCUCUUGUGGCAGGGGCCGGCAGGGACGCGCUGGGACGCAUCCUCUUCACCGACCCACACAAAUACAAGGACGCCAUAUACAAGAGGUGGACACAGCGGGAAAAGAAGAAAAAAGAACUUCAACAUUAGCGGAACAAAGAACGAGAAGAAGUAAGGAGCUUCCGUUGCAACAUCUACAUCUACAUCUACCACUAAUGGCCACCGGGAUACGUGUCUUAUUUAAUGAUUUCCGAGGCCCCUGGCGGUCAUGGAGGGCGGUGAGCAGUGCCUGGGGUCAUGUUGCUUGUGUGGCCGGUGUGAAUGUGACCGGGGGCUUGGCAGGGGUGAUGGGAGGCUUGGCAAGGGUGGCAGGGGGGCGAGGUACAGCCAAUACCCCCCGGCGUACAUGCCCUCAAAACUGCAGGAGAUGGAGGACAGCGGGGAGAUGAAGGAAUUUGAGUAGCGGGCGGUCCGAGUGGCCCACAGCACCCACACCACCUCCGUACUCCACCACCCGCUUGUCAGU